UUGGGCUGAGUGUCGCUCCCCCGCCAUAUGCCCCAUCUCCGCUGGAAUGUGAUUAUCUUCACUCGCCACAGAGAGGAAUGAGGAAAGGGUAAAAGAAGAAGGAAAGCAUCUGAGGAGGCAAGACAGGAGGUUGAGUGAAAGGGCGAGUCAGUCUGUCACUGACUGUGCAAGUGUGUGUGUGUGUGUGUGUGUGAGAGAGAGAGAGAGCGAGCGAGAGACAGAGAGAGGGAAGGAAGGGAGGAUGCAACCAAUGCAGCGAGGCAGCAGUUUAACACGAGCCUGAACCUGCCAGCACGAGCGACAGAGCACAGAGAUAGAGGAGGGAGACGUCUUUUCACUUCAGUCUAGCAGUGGAUUUUAAUUCCUUCACUGGACUCGCUGAUCUCACAGGACACAACCUCCACUAAGAGAAGAAAGACAAAGCUGGCUACUUCCAGUCCAAGACUACAGAUGAGGCCUGCGUGGCGGUGAAAAUCGAACACUCCAGAGCUCUAGGCAGUAGCCCGGCGAGCAAACGCAGCAACUCACCUAGCGUGCAGGAGUGUCUGAGUCGGGCGGGCGGCGCGACAUCUGACAAGAGCAGGGGAGGGGUCAAUGGAAGAAGCUUUGGCAGCAGGCCGCGGCUGCAGUCUAAACCACAAGUGCCUCCAAAGCCACCGCACCUCCAGAGCCCGGUGACGGAGCUCACGUCCCCGCUGGGCCGCUUGCAGAAACAACCACUAAAGCAGGGCAUGGAGGAGGGAGAAGGAGGAGGAGGAGGAGGUGGGAGAGCAGGGGGAAGAGGGGCUAUGAACCGGGAGAAAGUCAGGGAGAAACACUCCAAAGUCUCAGACCUCAUCAGCCGCUUUGAGGAGAACAGCAGUGGCACAGAGACCAAGAGAGACGGCUCGCCACUCAAACAGAUCAGCAAGUCGUCCAACUGCAGCCCAGCUCACCGCGCCUACCAGAGGCAGACAGAGACCGGCGGGACUCAGGAGAACCACUCCUCCACGCCGACGUCGCCGCAGGAUGCCCACAAACCGGCGGCCAACGGGGUGGUAGCUCAGAUGGAGCAGGACAAGGACAAGGACAAGGACAAGGACAAGGAGAAGGAGGACAAACAGGAGAGGAGCAAUGAAAGUGUGAGGAUAGAGACUGCCGGGCUGGUGAACGGAGAUAUGGGGUGCGAGAGCACAGAACAGAGUGAUGAUCAGUCACCUCCACACACAGACAGGACUGAGACAGAAAGCCACACUGAGAACGAGGACAGUGGGACUAAAAUAGAAAGUGAGCAUGGGAAUGAAGAAGGGAGCACCGACCAGAAGGAGACAAAUGAACAGAAGCUGUUUAAGAUCGCCAACGAGCUCUUGCACACAGAGAGGGCCUACGUUGCACGACUUAACCUGCUGGACCAGGUAUUCUGUACUAAGCUAAUGGAGGAGGCAAAUAAAGGAACGUUCCCUGUGGACGUGGUGAAGAACAUCUUCUCCAACAUCGCCUCAAUCCACACCUUUCACGGCCAGUUUCUGCUUCCGAGUCUGGAGAAACGCAUGGGAGAAUGGACGUCCACACCUCGCCUCGGAGACAUUCUGCAGAAACUCACACCCUUCCUCAAGAUGUACGCAGAGUACGUGAAGAAUUUCGACAAGGCCAUGGAGCUGCUGAAACAGUGGACCGAUCGUUCGCCACAAUUCAAGGCCAUCAUUCAGGAGAUUCAGAGUCAAGAGGUCUGCGGCUGCCUGACGCUACAGCAUCACAUGUUGGAGCCCGUGCAGAGAGUCCCUCGCUACGAGAUGCUGCUUAAAGACUAUUUGAAGAAGCUGCCUCAGGACGAUCCUGACCGACGAGAUUCAGAGAAAUCAUUAGAAAUUAUCGCCACAGCGGCUACUCACUCCAACAGUGCCAUACGAAAAUCUGAGAAUCUAAAGAAGCUGAUGGAGAUAUACGAGAUGCUGGGCGAGGAGGAGGACAUCGUUAACCCCUCUAAUGAGUUCAUCAAAGAGGGACACAUCCUGAAGCUGGCAGCCAGGAACACGUCGGCCAUGGAGCGGUACCUCUUUCUGUUCAACAACAUGCUGCUGUACUGCGUGCCCAAGUUCAGUCUGGGAGGGGCAAAGUACACGGUGAGGACCCGGAUCGGCAUCGAUGGCAUGAAGGUCCUGGAAACCACCAACGAGGACUACCCUCAUACCUUCCAGGUGUCAGGGAAGGAGAGGAUGCUGGAGCUACAGGCCAGCUCGGAGCAGGACAAGGCAGGCUGGAUUAAGGCUUUCCAGGAGACCAUCGAGAUCUACCAGCAGAAAAACGAGUCCUUCAAGAACGCACUGAAAGAAAUGGAGCAAGUGUCGAAUGCAGAGUUAGGGAAGCGUGCCCCUCGCUGGAUCCGCGACAAUGAAGUGACGAUGUGUAUGAAGUGUAAAGAGCCUUUCAACGCUCUGACGCGGCGGAGACACCACUGCAGAGCCUGCGGCUAUGUGGUGUGCUAUAAAUGUUCAGAAAACAAGGUGGCGCUCGAAUACGACGGCAACAAGUUGAACAAAGUCUGCAGAGACUGCUUCUCCAUCCUGACCGGAGAGAGGAUAGCUGAGGGCAAAAAGAAGGGCAUCCUUGAGAUCGAGGCGGCUCAGUUCAGCGGCAGCAGCAUCAUGUGUGGCUUCCUGCAGUACUGCGAGAAGAACAAACCUUGGCAGAAGGUGUGGUGUGUCAUCCCAGAGAAAGAGUGCCUGGUGCUGUAUCUCUACGGAGCUCCGCAGGAUGUGAAGGCCCAGUCGACUAUCCCCCUCCUGGGCUACUGUGUGGAUGACAGUGCCCGGCCCACAGACCCCCCCGCCAGCUUCCGCCUCUCUCAGUCCAAGUCCAUCCACAAUUUCGCUGCUGAAACUGAAGAACUUAAGCAGCGCUGGCUCAAAGUCAUUCGAGUGGCAGUGCUGGGAGAGAUGCCAGAGUGCCCUCAGACCAACGACGGCAACGCCAACAUGAUGGACAACAACAACACACAAGAGGCGGGUAACGAUAGCUCAUAAAGGCGUGUUUUACCACGAGCAAACUGCUGUUGGAUUGCUCCAAAAAGACAGGAUGUGCAGGUGUAUACUGCAUGCACAAACUACAAAUGCACACUCUCCAUGCUGUCCUCGAAUCUUACAGACAAAGUGGAUAAAUCAGUGCUGGAUAAGCUGCCUUUCCUUGCCACUCUCCUGUUUCCUCCUGGAUUUUCUCACACGAGAACUUUUGAUUCACUGUCAGAGUUGUGCUGGAUUACUAAAGGACAUGUCUGGUGCAAUCAACACUAGAGCAGAGGGGCCUCAGGACUGAUCGACUUCCCUCACACAGGCACUAUCAAGGACAGCUCAGACUCAGUCUUCAUAGACUUUUUAAUCUGUGUCAGCUCCUCCUGAGCCACUGGACCACCACAGACUUGCACAGCGCCCUGUACAGGAUGUGAAUCAAAAGCAAAAGGACGGUCCAAACUCAGUCUGCUGGUGCUGAUACUCAACCCUGAGUACAUGUACAGGAUAAAUGUUGGUUUUUUUUUCUUUUCAAAAAGGAAUUGUGUUUUAUGUACAGAAAUCAAUCCCACACUUUGUUUUAAUAACAUAGAAAACAUCUAAGUAUGCUAUAAAGUAUUUACAGUAUUUUGCCCUUUCUUUGCUCGACAAGAAGACACAUCCAAAAACUGGGAACGUGAUCACGUGGUUGGAUAAUGAUGGUCUCAUCUCCCUUUCUCACCCCUCAUUGAAAAUUCAUCAACUGUCUAAUCAAACUCUGGAUGCAUGUUGGCUGAUAUGUCUGCUUUGCAAUAUGUUGCAUCUGUCCUAUAGUAUGUUUUCUGUCCAGAAGAAGCACUGAUUUGCAAAUAAAAAUGGUUUGUUUGCAAAUCAGUCUGUAUGAUAGGCAGCUGGCCACAGAGGAAAUCAACUGUCCUAGAGUUUUUAUAUCGUAUGGCAAUUCAUAUUGUGAUAAAGUACGCUCAAUUCCUAUAGUGCAGCUCAGUAGUGAUUUACAUUAGGCCUUCCCUGCCUGUUAAAUACCAACAUUUUCCAUCAGAUUUGAAGUCUCAGUCUCAAACUCAAGAUAACCCUGAUGAUGUCAUAGCAGUGUCAUUUUCUCAGACUUCAAAAAGCUCCUUGCAGAGUCACUGAAGACAUUAUACAACCGUUUUCACAGCUAGAGAAGAACUUUCCAUGACAAGCAGUGGUGUAGGAAGUAUUUAGGUCCUUUACUCAAGUAAGAGUACUAAUACUACAUCGUAAAAAUACUCAGUUACUAGUAAAAGUCCUGCAUUGAAAAUGUCACUUAAGUAAAAGUAUGUGAGUACAAUCAGGAACCUGUAUUUAAGUAUUGAAUUCAAUUUAAUAAAUCAAAAAUAAUUACAAGGAAAAGCAGCAAGUCUGGAAGCUAGAACCAUUAUGUUUAACUAUUAUUAAAGUAUUUCCGUCAUUCAACCAAUCCACUAAUCGUUUCAGCUGCAUUUGUAUAUUUUCAUCUGGUUUGUGUGCAAAGAUCUUAAACUGAAGUUAUAAAAUAAUAAAUAAAAAAGAGGAAAGAGUAUAUUUCCCCCUGAGGUGUACUGGAGUAGAAGUAGAAAGUAGCUUAAGAUUAAAAUACUCAAGUAAAAGUACCUUGAAUUUGUACUUGAGUAAAUGAACUUUGAUACUGAUUACAAGUAAACUGACCGCUGUGUGAAAGUUCAGCGUAGUGCCCCUUUAAAGGCAGAACUACCUCUGCAGCAACGACAUAACAAGGUCAUAAAUCUCCAUGGUCUCACACUAUGUGUUGUCAUACGUUGCCUGACCCUGUGGCCCGCACAGUGCUGCUUGUAUUAAAUGCUGCGCUGCAAUCAUGUGAUCUGAUAUGGAUGAUUCAUGUGUAAAAGUGAGCAUGAAUGGUAAAUGCUCAUCUAUCUACAGGACAGACAUGGACCUUAACUCAUGUGGAGAGAUGAAGGGGGAUCAUCAGGUUUUCUAUUUAGAUGCAGAACAAUCACAGAUAUAGCAAGCUGGUGCGAGAAAUGUAAAUGUGUUUUUAAUGCUGUAAUUAAUUUUAUUAUUUAAAGUAAUUUAUAGAGUAUGACAAGCAUGAUCUGUUAUAAGUAGCACAAAUUUGUUCCCUGACUGUCAACUAAGAAGCGCAAGUAGGUAGAUCUUGUUUUUUUUCUGAGAUGUUUUUUUCCACUAACUCAUUCAAUGCAUCAUCUCGGUUCGUCGGAGCGACAGCAGCCGGUCACGGCGCAGGACGGAGCGUGUUUGCUCACAAGUUCCCCUCCAUGCUCGAUGCUGGUGCUCACCUAAGUCUCACCCCUCUGAACUCUUCCCCCUUCUCAGUAUUCAAAUAAAAAACAAGAGCACAAAAAUUCCCUGUCUGUAAAAUCUGAAUGUAUAUCCAGAUUUUUAUGUCGCUGAUUCCCCUCCCCAAAGGUUUGAGAAUUUACGCACUUUACAGUCAUAAAGUGUACCUUCAAGGACAAUAAAAAGAGAUUAAAUAC